GGUAUCUUGUCACAAUCUAAGCUCCAGCGGUCUUUCCCUUUCUUUUCUUCCUGAUGUAGUCAAAGCAGCUUCCCUACUACAAAUCAAACCUACUUAGUCUUAGUGGGAAAGAAACAUGGAAGUUGUGCCAGAGGAUCCGGAAUCACGUCAUAUCCGCCGAUAGUAUGGAAUUAUUGUCGACAAACGAAGGUGCAAUCCAAUUCCCCAAUCCCAGGUACCUGGCCUGCCCCGCCCCCGCCUAUCUAGAGGAUUACUACUACUACUACUACAACACUAGCCUACGAUGCACAUCUUAGUGACGAACGAUGAUGGCCCGCCGUCCCCAACUUCCUCGCCCUACGUCCAUAGUCUAGUUCGCGAGCUUCAGAAAAACGGACAUAUAGUCUCAGUAUGUCUACCACAUACCCAGCGCUCCUGGAUUGGGAAAGCCCAUAUGAUCGGGCAGACCGUAAAACCGCUCUACUACAAACCAUCCGCAACCUUUGACCCUUCUCCCAGCGCUGCCUCCCAAGCCCAAGGGGCCACAUAUACACGACCGAAUAAAAACAAUAAUGAGGAGGAAUGGAUACUCGUAGAUGGAACGCCUGCUAGUUGCGCUCAGAUCGGCAUACAUCAUUUCUUUCACGAAAAAGGCCCAGUAGACCUCGUUGUCUCGGGCCCUAAUUACGGCCGCAAUACGACGGCUGUAUUUGCGCUGAGCUCAGGCACAUUGGGCGGUGCCUUGGAGGCUGCGGUAUGCAGGAAGAAGUCCAUUGCGUUAAGCUAUGCCUUCUUUAACCGCAACCACGACCCUACCAUCAUUGACGCCGCUAGUCGACACAGCGUGCGCAUUAUCGAGAAGCUUUACGCCCAAUGGCCGACAGACAAGAGCAUCGACCUAUACUCGGUUAAUGUACCGCUCAUCGAAGGUGUUGAAGAAAGGAAAACGUUGUGGACCGAGAUGUUGCAGAAUUACUGGGGCGAUAAUGGCGCCUGUUUCGAAGAGGUCGAGGGAAGCAUCGGUGAUGAAGAUGAGGAGGAAGUAAGAAUACGCGAGAGUCAGGAGGCCAGUGGAUCUAAUGGUCUUGACUCAAAAGCGAAUGGUGACGCUGCCGACGCUGGUCAGACGCGAUAUCCCCACAGACAUUUCAAGUGGGCCCCUAAGUUCACCGACGUCUAUAAGAGCGUUGAAGAUUCACCGCCAGGGAACGAUGGAUGGGCGGUCAAGGAAGGUUUCUCGAGUGUAACACCGAUGAAGGCAAAUUUCUAUAACGCGGCAACGCAUUUGCAUGGAAAGGAGUUGAACUUGGAUGUGCCAAAUUCUCCAACAUUGACAAUGUCUACGUCGACUUUGAUAUACCGGCCUAAACAGCACUUUUACGCCCUGAUCGCAUACGAGGAUGCCUAUGUCCAACCCCUUAUCCUAGAUGCUCUCCAAAAGCUCUUUCCACCCGAAGCUUAUACCCUCCUCUCGAUACCCGAAUCUGCCACUCCAGGCGAACCGAUAUUGCUUAAGGAUUUACUACCGAAGAAUGGAACUAGUAGGGUCCUGCAGAUUACGCCGUAUGAGGCGAUUGAUUGGGAGUAUAUAGACGCGCAUAGGACUACGUGUCUGGCGAAUAGCUAUAUGCUAAGGAAGGCACUUAUUCGGAAACACUACCUUGCGGCGACGGCCGAGCUGUGGGCUGCGAAGAGACCGGACUCAGCGCUUGCGAAACAUGUUAAGAGGAGUGAGGCUUUUGAGUUAGACUACGCGGAGUUUCUAGAUGAUGCACUGGUCGAGGCGUUUGAUCUAAGGGCAAGUCUUGAAAGGAAUGAAGAGAAGGGGGAGGCGGAGAGGGAAUGGUGGAUCUUGAAGCCGGGUAUGAGUGAUAGAGGGCAGGGGAUCAGGCUCUUUAGCUCGCUAGAGGAGUUACAAGGCAUUUUCGAUGGGUGGGAGGAGGAUGAACCGGAUAGUGAGGAUGAGGGGAAGGGGGCUGGCGAUGAUGAAGAGCAAGGGAAUAAUGGGAAUGGUAUUACGACGUCGCAUCUUCGUCACUUCGUGGCGCAGCCGUAUAUUCAUCCACCGCUGCUCCUACCGGGCGAUGGGCGCAAGUUCCACAUUCGUGCGUACGUUGCGUGUGUUGGGAGCUUGGAUGUUUAUGUGUAUAGGCAUAUGUUGGCGCUUUUUGCUGGGAAGGCGUAUGUUGCGCCUGGGGCUACUGCUACAUCUACUUCUACGAACAUGGACACGAAUACAGAAACGACAGCUAUCGACCUCGAAGCACACCUCACUAAUACCUGUCUCCAGCGCUCAGUCUCCGAGGGCACAGUUCGCCAGUUCUGGGAUCUGCCGCUGUCGAAGGAUACGAAAGAAGGUAUUUUCAAACAGAUAUGCGAUAUUACGGGGGACGCGUUCGAAGCUGCACCUCGUGCUAUGCCGAUGCAUUUCCGCCCGCUGACGAAUGCGUUUGAGAUCUUUGGGUUGGAUUUCUUGGUCGAUGGGACCGGGCAUACGUGGUUGCUGGAGGUUAAUGCGUUUCCGGAUUUUAAACAGACGGGGGAGGAGCUUAGGGAGUUGGUUGGGGGAUUGUGGGAGGAGGUGCUGAGGACGGCCGUUGGGGGUUUCUUUGGGGGUGUUAAGCAAGAGAGUAGGGGGGAGAAAGGGGAGAGUCAAGAAGAGGAGGAGCGGUUGGUGCUUGUGAGGCAGGUUGAUUUGGGGAGGUGAUGAGACGAGACCGGAGGGUGCUAGAGUUGAGUUUGAAGGUAGAAAACACAUAUUGUCGUCGGUUCAACUCUUGUGAAUGCUUUAGUAUAGGGGCAGGGUGAGUGACCCUCUACACCGACUUGAAGUCGAAUGAUAAUUAGAAAAGGGGUAAGGGGGGGGGGCCUUUGGGCAGUGAGAUAUUACAAGGAGUGCCCUCCCUUACCUAGGUACUACUCCAAUUAAUAAGUC